AUGACAAAGCCCCCUCCCCAGAGGUAUUCCAAAUGCAGCCAGACAAAAAAGGUCCUGUGCAACCACAUCCAGCCUGUAAAUGGUAAAAAACUGUGCUUCAACUUUAGAAAGAACAAAGAAGGUGUAAGCAUGCGUCCUCUGAAAUCCCUGGGAAAUAUUCCCUUUACACUAAACGAAGUCCCACAAACUGGUCAAGGCGGCAUCAGCUGCGUGCUGCAGGACGGCGAGGUCUUCGAGAAAGCGGGUGUGAACGUGUCCGUCGUGUCCGGGCUCCUGUCCGAGGAGGCAGCGCGGCAGAUGCGAAGCAGAGGGAAGUCUCUGAAGGCCAAAGACGGAAAACUGCCUUUUUGCGCCAUGGGCGUGAGCUCUGUUAUCCAUCCAAAGAACCCUCAUGUUCCAACCAUGCACUUCAACUACAGAUACUUUGAAAUUGAGGAAGCAGACGGAACUAAACAGUGGUGGUUUGGUGGUGGGACUGACCUCACUCCAACUUACCUAAAUGAAGAAGAUGCUGUUCAUUUUCACAAGACUCUGAAAGAAGCUUGUGACAAGCACGAUCUGAAGCUGUAUCCCAAGUACAAGAAAUGGUGCGAUGACUACUUCUAUAUCAAGCACCGUGGUGAGCGAAGAGGGAUUGGAGGCAUAUUCUUUGAUGACAUGGACUCUCCGUCCAAGGAGGAAGUAUUCCAGUUUGUGAAGAGUUGUGCCAAAGCUGUUGUGCCUUGUUACAUUCCCAUUGUGAAAAGGCACUGCCAUGACUCCUUCACACCAGAGGAAAAGCUGUGGCAGCAGCUUCGGAGAGGACGGUACGUAGAGUUCAACUUGGUUUAUGACAGAGGUACAAAGUUUGGCCUCCUGACACCAGGAUCAAGAAUUGAAAGCAUUCUUAUGUCUCUGCCACUGACUGCAAGGUGGGAGUACAUGCACACCCCUCCAGAGAGCUCGAAAGAAGCAGAAAUUCUGGAGGUUCUGCGCAAUCCCAAAGACUGGGUGCACUGACACGGAUCGUGAACAAGAUGGAUUGCUUACACUGAGCCAUUAUGAAAGAACAGGAACGCCUGCAAACCAGCUCAUUCAAACUGAUGUUGCAUGGCGUUUUAGUAUACCUAUUUAUACUCUUACCUGGUGCCUUAAUAAUGCUGUAGACUUGUUAUAACUUGCAAAUGUGUGAACUCAUUCUUUAAGAUUGAUCAGCUAAUGUUAUCAGCCCCUGUUGAUGUUGCCUUGUGAAGGACUGGUUAUUCCCUCACAGGACUACUAUGCAUGCUUAAGAACUUCCUCAACUGAUUUGUAUGACUACAAAAUCGUAAACUACCGUGAAGUGUUCUCCCUGUGGAAUGAAAGCAUUAUCUGUGCCUAAAUAGCACUGCUUACUCUUGGAAAAUGAUGGGAUGUUUUAGAAAUAUUUUUUUUUUAAAGAAUAAAGGGAAUAUUUGAUAUGCUUUUA